CCCAGCAAGGGGGCGUUGAGGAUCCUGCUGAUAUGGCAGGUGACAUGCAUGAGACGAACAUGUCGUCUUACAGCCUUGGAAUUUAUCGCACUCCAGUGCCAUCGCAAAUGACCCCAUCGGGUCAAUUAUUGAUCACGGGCUCGAAUAUUCAAGGAGUGGAUUGGGGUAGAUACUUCUCAGGCCCGUCUACUACUGAUGAGGAUCGAACGACCCGAGAUUUUUAUAGUGAGCGCCGACUGAGUUAUGGUUCCACAUCACAUGCACAGGCUUCAUGCGAUGCUGCGACAGAUGACUACAUUCAGGAUCCAGACAUGAUGAUGCCUUCUACUGGACCUGACAGCACCACCGAUACAUGUCAUCCUGCGCCGCAUCCGGCUAUAAGAAGACAACUUGAUGAUGAUGAUCCUGAUAGCGCACCCGGGCGGGAGGGGAUGUGCCUCAGGCCAGCGACUGCAUUGAGACACACUGGAUGCGGGACACAUUGAUUCGGCCUUCCUUUUUUUUAUUUGAUGUAAAUAAUAUUUUUGUAUACAUAAACAACAAUAUUU